GGAGGAAAAACUCUACUAAUAAAAUCAGAGGAUUUCAUGCAGACAUCAUAGAGGAUGUUCGGGUCUAGGUUCAUGAGUUUAAUAGAUAUACUCCAAAUAACAAGAAUGCAUGUAAAGCAGUUCAGAAUGAAGCUCAAAUUAGAAUGUUAUGUUAUAUUUCCAGAAUCCAGGAGCUGCAGUACUGGGUUUUGAGCUUCUUUCUUUGAGUUUGAUGCCCAAACAACACUCCCGCUUUGAUUGAGAAGUACCAGAUUACCUUUGCUGUUUAUCAUCAAAACACCAGACGUGUCAUCAAUCGGUUCGCACCUGUUUGCAACCCAAACAACGUUUUGAACUGGGACAUUCUUGAACCAAAUUCCCAAGUAACGGCUCUUGGCUGAACUUCCAGUACUGAAGAAUCCAAGUUCAAAGCUUCCAUCACUAGAAACCAAGGUUCUACCAUCACUAAGAUUAGUGGAUGAGGUGAUGAUAUCAGUUCCACAUGAGAAUCUAGAGAAGAAAAACAGUAAGAGGAUGAUAAUAGUAAACUUUAAAAAUCGAAUAUCCAUUUCUUUGCAAGUUUUCACGAAUAAAAAAAAUGAAACGUUUAUACUGGCAGUUUUAGACAAACACCAGCUUUGAAUGUUAACUAGCGUGUGCAAAUCCUCCAGUUUCUGACAACAGCUCUCUCUUUCUAGCAGUAAACAGUGCACUUGAUGAUGAUAACAACUACAGUGGUGUAAAGUCUCAAAACGAAUACCAGUGUUGCUGCUCCAUACAAUGAGUUUUCCAUUGGGCGUAAACAGUACACUUGAUUUCUAUAGAAAUUAAGAUUAGCAGACCAAAAAAGUCAAAAUCAUUUACCAAAAAAACAAAAAAGUCAAAAUCAAAAACUAAAGACUAAGACUUUAACGAGUCAAAGAACACCUCAUUCCCACCUCUUUUUUUUUUUUUUUCUUUUGCCGUGUCGAAUGGGUUCUUUGACGGCAGAAGCUGCAACAUAGCCCCUCUACUUUAAUUGUUGUAGCAUGAUUGCCCCUCUACUUAAAAGAAGUGCAAAAUGACCCCUCUACUACUCGAAUGCUACAGAUCAUGACAUCAGAAAACAUAAUCUUUCUGCCUGUCUCGCUGUUACUCGAUUAACAAAGAAGGAAAAUAAAGAUAAAAAAUAGAAAAUAAAAAAACAUCAACCAUUUUUUUUCCUUUUCUCACAUGAUUAAAUAUUUAAUUUAAAA